UUGAUAUACCCUUUAAGAAAAAAUAAAAAACAAAAAACAAAAAAAUAAAAAAUAGAAUAAAAAGUUCUUUAGACAUUGCAAGCGAGUUUCUUGAUAAACAUGUUUCCUAUAGACAGGAGUCUUCUCCCGUCUCUGACUACCCGCAGAGCGUUGAUCGUGCUUGACCCCCAGAAUGAUUUUCUGGCUGAGGAUGGCGCCCUACCUAUCAAGAUGCCUUCGGAUCUCCCAGAGCGGAUAGCAAGCUUGGCGACGUCGCUACGAGCAGGAGGUGACGACAUCAUCUGGGUAUGUAGCAGAUUCGAGAAAUCGCGGCCUUCUCAGGAAGAACAAAUUCUUAUAUCGGAUCGGCCGAGCCACUCCCAAUCCCCAGAUCCUCCGCGGGGUCGGCGGCGGCCAACACCACCACAGACGAAUCAACAGGCCGAGUCCCCCGAGGCGUUUCUAACCCAGGAAUCUCCAAACCUACCGAAAUGCGUCCGACCAGGCUCUUCCGGGGUGGAGAUGCACCCAAUCAUAAAAGGGGCUGUCGGACCUAGGGAUUUUUCAGUCGUGAAGACUUAUUACUCGGCUUUCAGGUCAGAACAGCUACUUCGCUUACUGCGUAUGAGGCUUGUCACAGAGCUUUUUAUUUGCGGAUCUAUGACUAAUAUUAGCGUUAUGGCUACCGCCGUCGACGCUGCGAGCCAUGGAUACACGAUCACGAUAGUCGAUGAUUGCUGCGGCUAUAACAACAUAAUGCAACACCGUAAUUCCAUCAAGCAGAUUUCGAAAACUACGGGCUGCGAUGUUUUAUUCUCGGCCAACAUCGUGGCGUCUCUUAAGCCCAAGUCGAAGCCGUCGAGAAGGCCAGGUGAUAGACCGGCAACUUCUCCAGCCGGCGGAUACUCUACACGCGCAGCCGAUAUUCCCCGUGUCAAAUCACCCACGAAACAUCCAACGCCAUCGGUUCAGCCCUUGGUGAAAUCAACAAAGCCAACAGCGGAGAGUAUUCGAAAGUCACGUGCUAGUUCAUCGGUUCCGGCCGCGAGUCAAGUCGAAUCGAAGCCACGGCACCAAAAAGCGGAUGACAAUGACUCACAAAAAGGUAGUCAUAGCAAUAAAAAUAGUGAUAAUGCGCAAGUCUUACUACAGGACAAAGCACAACCACCAACUCAGGGUAAAACCAUUGUCUCUCAGCAAACUUUAGAGAAAACACAACAACCAGACAAAAAGGAAGAACAGAGUGUUUCCGAUUCAGUCGGAUUAAAAAGCGACAAAUCCAAACCGUCAGCGGAAGAGAGUGACCCUAAAUCUUCUUUAGAAAAUAAAACAGAAUCAUCAGGGACUGUGAGUGAGACACUAAACGAGAAGCACCCAGAACGGAUCCAAGGUCCGUCGGAGAUUUCGAGCAUUGAAGUUGACGAUAGUAGAAGAAUGGCGCCUGGAGACCAGCCAAAACUAAGGGAGGGCGAGCCUCUAUGUGAGGGUGAUACUAAGGUUGUCUACGACGUAUUACCACACCCCUUAUCUGAGAAUAUCUUCGAAAGGGUAAGAGACGAGGUGCAAUGGCAGCGCAUGUCUCACCAGGGCGGCGAGGUGCCAAGACUCGUCGCCGUCCAAGGACAAGUGGAUGAGGAUGGCAGCAUGCCUAUUUACCGUCAUCCAUCAGACGAGUCGCCUCCGUUGCUACCAUUCUCCCCCGCAGUGCUCGAGAUUAAAGAGGUAGUCGAAAAACAAUUGGGACAUCCUCUAAACCACGUCCUUAUACAGUUUUACCGUGACGGUAGCGACUAUAUCUCAGAACAUAGCGACAAAACGCUGGAUAUUUCCAAGGGCAGCUUUAUCGCUAAUGUUAGCCUGGGUGCUGAACGGACUAUGACGCUACGGACAAAGCGACAACCGAGAAAUGAUGAUGAUUCGGUGGAUGCGGACCCUUUGCCUACGAUAAAACGUCAAGUCCAACGAGCAUGUCUACCUCACAAUUCGCUUUUUCAGAUGGGAUUGCAGACAAAUAUGCGAUGGCUCCAUGGCAUUCGACAAGACAAGAGGAUUAACCGCGAAAAAUCAGAUGCGGAGCUGGCCUACGACGGUGGUCGUAUUUCGUUGACGUUCAGAAGGAUAGGGACCUUCUUGGACCGUGAAAACAAGCUGAUAUGGGGACAAGGGGCUACAUCAAAGACGAGAGAGGGCGCGAAAAAUGUGAUCAAUGGACAAACGCCUGAGGCUAUUAAAAUGCUGCAAAGUUUCGGUCGGGAAAACCAGUCGACAGAAUUCAACUGGGAGGAACAUUAUGGCAUAGGAUUUGACGUUUUGCACAUCUCCACCGCACCUCGACUAUUCCUGUCAUCGGAUCCAGUCGUUAAUAUGAGUAUUCAACUGAUGCUAGCCGAGUAUGGAGUUAGCUAUGCGAGAGGUAGCAUGUCGCCAGUCUUGAAGUGGAAGAAUAGAUGGCUUGCCAAUGACCCCUUCGCCAUUCCUAAGGACCUCCGUAUCAAGUUUGUCGAUAAUGAUUUUCCAAAGACGACUAUUGAGGGUGAGAGCCCAAUCAUGUUGUAUCUCGAAUGCUCUUACGGCCCUAGGCCUAGAAGUAUCCCGCCCAGGGAUUUUGAGAAAGAGGGCACUCGCUUUCUGCAAGGGAUUGCCUUGUUAAGAAAGCACAAAACACUGAAGUCCGAAUUGAGUACAUGGGAGAAUUACGCAGCCGAAGGCAACGAUUUCAUCGCGGGACCUACUAUGACCCCGGCCGACUUUGCGUUUUGGCCUGUCCUUCACGAUAUAAUCAGGGUUCAAGGCCAAGAUCUAUUUGGACAAGAUGAAGCCGAGUUCGAGAAUUUGAAAAAGUACUACGAGCGUAUCGAGGCGCGAGACUCAGUCCAAAAGGUAAUAGCUGUGUGUGCGACCCGCCCGUCGAAGGAAUCUACUGGUGCUCCCGACGCCACAGUAUCGACGUAGGUUUCCGUGCCUGGUUUCGCUAAGUAGAUCGCAAUGCCAUCACAGAAUUGGAGAACCAGGAUGAAUAGAUAUCUUGGAUAACUAACGCUUAUAAGCCCUCUACUUCAUAUCAAAGGAGAGGCGCUCACAUUUAGCGUAGCAUCGUAUGGGCGCAUGGAUAGCUUGCCUUCUGGCUUUUUCCACGGCGAGAAGUAGAUGGAGAUGGGAUAGGAUGGACAGGCAAAUCUACGAAGAAGACUUACCGAGAUGUAAAAUAAGAAACUAAUCUACCAAACUAUGUAUUGUCGUGAACUACCUAGUUCGCACUAGAUGUCAGAAUAAGACACCUAUAAAUAUCACUUGUAUAAAUGUAUUCAAAAUAUUACUUCG